UAACUGAAAAACAAUCCCUUCCAUCUCCCUCUUUUUGCUUUUUGAAAUUGGUGUGUCUCACUCCCACCACAUUGGAUGUUCACAAAAAGAAAUGACUCUUAAUCUUUCUUUGAGGGGUGUUACUAACAUUUCACCAUACCCCCUUCUCAGACUUGGAAUUCAACUACCACACCAAUACUCUGCUUCAAAAAUCUCAUUUUUCUUGGAACCCUCAUAAUGCACACAACCUGUUUGAUCAAAUUCCCCUGAGGGACCUCAGACCAUAAUCACUUGCUCUUUCAUUACUCUCGUAAUUACCAAUCCCAAGAGGCUAUUUGCCUUUUCAUGGCCAUUUGUCGUUAUGCUUUGGUCCCUAAUGCUUCCACCAUCUCUUGUGUUCUCAAAGUUUGUACCAACUCCUUCCAUGGCAGUGUUGGACUUUUAAACCAUGUUAGUGUCGGAACUUCUCUAGAUGAUAUGUACAUGAAAAAUGAGGUUGUUAGUGAUGUGAAGAGAGUUUUUUACGAAAUGGGCCACCAGAAUGUGUUGUCAUGGACUUCCUUGCUUGCUGGAUAUUCGCAGAAUUGUCAAAUGCAAUGUGAGGGGUAUUGGCCUAAUCAGUAUACAAUUUCUACCAUGAUUGCUGCCUUGGCCAAUGAAGGUGAGAUUAGCAUAGGAAUUCAAGUUCAUGCCAUGGUUAUAAAGCAUGGUUUUGAGACAGUGACGCAUGUGUGUAAUUCUCUUAUUAAUAUGUAUUCAAAGUCAAGGAUGUUUAAUGAUGCUAAAGCUAUCUUUGAUGAUUUGGAGAAUAAGGAUUCAGUUUCUUGGAAUAGUAUUAUUGCAGGACAUGUGACAAAUGGACAUGAUUCAGAAGCAUUGGAAACUUUUAAUCAAAUGCAACUUGCAGGGGCUAAGCCUACUUGCUUGACAUUUGCAACUGUUAUCAAGUUAUGUGCUAGCCUUAGAAAAUUGGGAUUAGUAAGAAUGCUGCAUUGUAGGGUUCUAAAGAGUGGGUUUUUUGCUCACCAAAACGUCACAACUGCACUGAUGGUUGCAUUGAGCAAGUGCAAGGAGAUGGAUGAUGCCUUUAGUGUUUUUUCUUUGAACCAAGGAGUUCGAGAUGUGGUAUCAUGGACUGCUAUGGUUACUGGGUACUUGCAGAAUGAUCGAGUUGAUCGGGCUAUAGAUUUGUUCUCUCGCAUGAGGAAAGAAGGUGUUAAACCAAAUCAUUUCACGUAUUCUGCCAUCCUUACCGUGCAACAUGUUGCUUUUGUUUCUCAAAUACACGCAGAAGUUAUCAAAACCAAUUACGAGAAUUCAUCUUCAGUAGGUACUGCUCUUUUAGAUGCUUUUGUUAAGAUGGGAAGUACUAAUGAUGCUAGAAAAGUUUUUGAUCGAAUUGAAGCGAAGGACAUAAUAGCAUGGUCAGCCAUGUUAGUGGGGUAUACACAAACAGGAGAAACCGCAGAUGCUGUCAAAAUCUUCCUCCAAUUGACGAGGGAGGGGAUUAAACCAAAUGAGUAUACCUUUUCUAGCAUCAUUAAUGCCUGUGCUGCUCCAAUGGCCUCAGUAGAACAAGGAAAACAAUUCCACGCUUGUGCAAUUAAAAUGAGAUUAAAUAAUGCUUUGUGUGUAAGUAGUGCUCUUGUUACCAUGUAUGCAAAGAGAGGCAAUAUUGAGAGUGCACAUGAGGUUUUCAAAAGACAACAGGAGAGGGACUUGGUUUCAUGGAACUCGAUGAUAUCGGGAUAUGCGCAACAUGGUCAGGCCAAUAAAGCUUUAGAGGUAUUCGACAAGAUGCAAAAACAAAACAUGGAAAUGGAUGUUGUAACAUUUGUUGGCGUCAUUUCCGCCUGUGCCCAUGCCGGUCUAGUGGACAAGGGUGAAAAGUAUUUCAACAUAAUGAUUAAUGAUCACCUCAUUAGUCCAACAGUGGAGCACUAUUCUUGCAUGAUUGAUCUAUAUAGCCGUGCAGGGAGGUUGGAGAAAGCCAUUGAUAUCAUAAAUGGAAUGCCAUUUACCCCAGGUGCAACCAUUUGGCGUACUCUUUUGGCAGCUGCUAGAGUACACCGCAAUAUAGAGCUAGGAAAACUUGCAGCUGAAAAUCUUGUUUCACUUCAGCCGCAACACUCAGCAGCUUAUGUUCUGCUAUCCAAUAUGUAUGCUGAAGCAGGAAACUGGCAAGAAAAAGCUAAUGUGAGGAGGCUAAUGGACAGGAGAAAAGUGAAGAAAGAACCUGGUUAUAGCUGGAUUGAGGUGAAAAACAAAACCUAUUCAUUUUUGGCUGGUGACACAUCACAUCCUAUGUCAGACAACAUUUACGCUAAACUUUCAGAGUUGAUUAUCCGUUUGAGGGAUGCAGGUUAUCAGCCUGAUACAAACUAUGUGUUCCACGAUAUUGAAGAUGAACAAAAAGAAACUGUUCUUUCUCACCAUAGUGAAAGGUUGGCAAUUGCCUUUGGGUUAAUAGCUACAAAUCCGGGAAUUCCACUCCAGAUCGUGAAGAACCUUAGGGUCUGUGUAGAUUGUCACAACUUCAUUAAGUUAGUAUCACUCAUUGAACAGAGAUAUAUUGUUGUCAGGGACUCAAACCGGUUUCACCAUUUCAAAGAUGGUGUGUGCACAUGUGGGGACUACUGGUGAUUUUUUAGUUAAUAUGCUCAAUUAUCUGUUUUGAAGAUUCUUCUAUAGAUUUGUC